GCAAUCGAGUAGCGAAGAUGGCUCAUGUUCCAUCGGGAGAGUGUUAGGCGGCGGAGGCUUCCGUCUAUGUCGCCUACUGACAACCCCAAAUCAUCCUGGCCCUGGCUCCGCAGGCCCAGGGACACUUGCCUUCGUCCGGUUGCAUUCUGGUGAUGUGAAGGAGACUGAGGCAUUAAUGGCUCACUAUGACAGUGCAGAAGACCCUGUACCACCCAUUCUGUGGGGCCUGGACCCAGUACAUGUAGUGUUUGCCAAACUCUAUAUCCGGGACAUCCUUGAACUCAAGAACUCUCGGCAUAUUCCAGGUGUGUUUUUCUAUAAGACUCACCCCAUCAGCAAGGUGGAAAUCCUGGGGACUGUGGUCCAGAGGCAGGAGAAGGAGAAGUGCUGCAUUUUUGGAGUGGAUGACGGGACUGGAGUCAUAAGUUGUUUGUGGUGGAAGAAGCAAACACCUGUGGAAAUCACCAAACCAGCUUCGUCCUCCAGGGGCUUGGAUCUCCUUGACCAGCUGAGCCGCAUCACCAGACUGGAACACGGCAAUUCCCGCUUGGACCUGGGCGACGUUGUCCAGGUCCGGGGACGCAUCAGGGAUUACAGAGAGCGACGGGAAAUCAGUAGCACCAGUAUCACCAAGCUGGUGGAUCCUCUCUUCACCAUACAGAUCUCCCACAUGCUGGAGCUGCCUCACCUUUACCGCAGCUUCUACGACAAAGCGUGUCAAGUUCCAAAGGACAGCACGGAGGCAAACGAAGACGGAGAAUGCAUCCUUUCCCUGCAAAGCAAGAUCAAAGAGUUUCUGGCUCAGAGCCAAGUGAAGAACUUCUACCAACGCGAGCUGGAGGCCAUCGACUGGUUAUCCUGCGUUGCUCAGCGCAGUCAGGAAGUUUCGUGUGGACAAGGCUUGGGUCAAAGCUCGGCUGAGAGCUCAGUGCAGGAGAAAGAGGAGCCUGCGAGCUUGCUAUGUGUAUCAAGGCAGAUUCACACCACUUUUCAAGAGGCCAUCUCCGCACUGCAGGAGGAGGGAGUCAUUUUCCAGAAGGUGGAGGGCCCUAACGAGUUGUAUCUGGUCACUGACCAGGAGAAGGAGCUACAUGAUGUGACACUAGGGAUCAUUCGCGAUGAUUCCACAAGACCAAAAUACAUCGAUAAAGGCUGCCCGAUCCUCCACAUUCUGAGCUGUGUGCAGAACUGCUACAGUGCAGGAGUUGCUGAGGCAACAGUGCAGCGGGUGCUGAACAGUUUGGAGUGUGCCAGCAAGAUUGUCAGUACUAUGGAGGGGCACUACACCACCUCCCGUGCAUGAGACUUCUGUCGCUGUGUGCCGCAUUACUGGACCCUGGGAGCGUGAGGUGUGUGUCGAUACCCCAGCGUGACCGAGGGUGGGUAGAGGUAUGUGAGGGCACGCCUCUCAUUCAGGAGUUACAUCGACAUGGACCACAGAGUGACUUCAUUAAUUAUCAUAGGUUCUCAGAAAGUAGAGUGGAGAUUUGACUAUGAAUUUAUUCAACUUUAUCCAAUAAAUAAUUGCACAAUC